CUGAAAGCCUCCAUGUGAAACAGAAGGUCUCCCAAAACUCAAAAACCCUAUCUUCUUCAUUCUAAACCCAAACCUCUCUCUCUCUCUCUCUGCCCAAACAAAAACAAAAAAAAAAAACAAAAACAAAAAUGGUGCUACUACUACGAUAUCGAUCCUUAACAAUAAAUCUGACUCCUUUAUUAAUACCCAAAUCUCACUCCUUCCACACUCUCCAAUCAUUCCGUAACCCGAAGAAUCUCAUAUCCAUCCCACGAAUCUCAUCAUCAUCAUCAUCAUCAUCAUCAUCAUCAUCAUCGAACAAUCCAACAACAACGAACCGUUCGAUUUCUGAUGCGGCCAAGUUCGCAAAGUCCGUGUUGUUCGUACCUCCUGGUGUAGAGAUCGAGGAGUUAACAGACGACGUGGUGCUUCCGGGCUCCAAUAUCGUAAUCGGACCAUUCGCGGGUCAUUCACAGAUCAAAGAAGUUGAGUUUGUGAAAAGUAGUGCUCGUGCUAGAGAUUGUCCUAAAGAUGACCGUCCUGAGAUUGCGAUUUUGGGUCGGUCUAAUGUUGGCAAGUCUUCGCUUAUCAAUUUUUUGGUUCGUAAGAAGGAAGUUGCUCUUACCUCCAAGAAACCCGGGAAGACUCAGCUUAUAAAUCACUUCUUGGUGAAUAAGAGUUGGUACAUUGUUGAUUUACCUGGUUAUGGAUUUGCUAAAGUAUCAGAUGCUGCGAAGACGGAUUGGUCUGCGUUUACUAAAGGUUACUUUUUGAACAGAGACACUCUUGUUUGUGUUCUUCUUCUGAUCGAUGCAAGUGUUCCUCCUCAGAAGAUUGAUCUUGAUUGUGCUAAUUGGCUUGGUCGCAACAAUGUACCGAUGACCUUCGUGUUUACGAAAUGCGAUAAAAUGAAAGCAACGAAAGGGAAAAGACCUGAUGAGAACAUCAAAGCUUUCCAACAAAUCAUUAGAGAGAAUUUUAAAGUGCAUCCUCCUUGGAUUUUGACUAGUAGUGUAUCUGGUUUAGGCAGAGACGAGCUUCUUCUUCACAUGUCCCAGCUAAGAAACUACUGGGAUCAGUAGAGAGCGCGUAAAUUUUCAUGUUCGAAAAGGUCGAUUUUGAAUACAUUGGUUAUGUGAAAUGUUUAGUUUGGUAAUGUAACAGUAAGUAACCUUUGUAUUUAUAGAUAAGAUCGUAACAAGUCACUACAGGUCUAA